GCCGCAGUCCCGUCGCGAUGUUCGGGGCGCAGCAGCAGCUGCAGCCGCCCGCGCUGCCCCCGCACCUCCAGCAGCAGCAGCAGCAGCACCACUACUACCGGCGGCAGCAGCACUACAGCACCCUGCCCGCCCGCCGGCCCUGCCCCGAGCCGCCGCCCUGCCCCGCCCCGCCGUGCCCGGAGCCGCCGCGGCCGCUGCCGUGCCUGGACCCCGCUCCGCACCCACAGCAGGACGGCGCCGUGGCCUACGACCGGGUGCGCACCUACGGGCCGGGCUGCCGCCGGGUCAGCACCUCCUGCUCCUCGCGGGCCGCCUCGCCGCUGGACUGCGGGCACGGCUGCGACCCGCCACAGGGCACCAUCCGCAGGAUCAUCAUCGAGAACCCGGAUCAGGAGCCAUUAUCCCCUUUUCUUAGAGGGGCCAGUUUCUCUCCUGGAAAUAAUGUCAUCUAUGAAAAAACAAUAAGAAAAUAUGAGCUAUUAAACCCCCUCCAAGAGCGGCAGUUCCAGGUGUGCCCGCCGGAGCCGUGCCAGCAGUGCCCGCCGCCCCCGGUGACGCAGCAGUGCCAGCAGACCCAGACGGGCAGUCCCUGCGAGCUGUGCCCGGGCCCGGGGAGUGACGAGUGCCGGGGACAGCCCGUGAGAAGGGGCACAGCCCCCCCCGAGCUGGUGAGCUGCCCCCAGGACAGCCCUGAGCAGCUGGACUGCCGCUUCUUUGGGGAGCUGCUGGCCGAGCUGCACCGCAAGAGCAAUGACCUGUACAGCUGCCUGCUGCAGCACGUGGAGAAGAUUGGGACAAGGAACCACGACAUUGAAUUCACGUGCCAGACUGAAGAUAUUGAAGAAUUAAUUCCCAAAGGACUGUCUGAGGCAACAAAGCAGCAGAUUCGUUAUCUCCUGCAGAUGAGAGCGACGUCGGACAAAUCCCUGAGACUUGUGCUUUCCACCUUCAGGAACCUGCGGGAGGAGCUCUGCCAUCUGCAGGAUGACCUGGGGAAGCUGGAAACUGACAAUGUCUUGCUGAAGAAGGAUUUGGCUUUUAAGGAUUCCCAAGUGAAAGAAUAUGAAACAAUGCUGGCUUCUCUGAGGGAGAACAAUCGCCAGCAGCAGCAAGGGCUCAGGGACAGCACUGCCAAAUGCCGCUCCCUGGAGGAACAGCUCCUGUCCCUGCGGCUCAGCGAGGGUGACAAGGACUGCCAGCUGAAGGAGCUGGAGUACUGCAAGAGGGCCCUGGAGCAGGAGAUCCAGAGCCUCAAGCUGCAGAGCUGCUCGAGCCCGACGCUGCAGACCACGACGGACGAGCUCUCCAGCCGCUACGUGGAGAUGAUCAACAACCUGAGGGAGGACAAGGACAGGGAGAUCCGCAGCCUCAGGUCCCAGCUGUGCCAGUUCCAGCAGGACAUAACCCGGAGAGAGGGGAGCAACAGCGACUUGCAAAUGAGGCUGCACGAACUGACAUCGCUGCUGGAGGACAAAGAGGCUUUGAUUAAACAACAGCAAGAGGAGCUCUUCAGACUGAAGCAUGACAAGUUUUCGGGCAGUCAGUCCCCUGGGGUGACAGCCAUCAUCACUAAAAAGUACAGGAAUCAGUAUCCUAUUCUGGGUCUCCUGUCUGAUGACUACAAGGUCACAUCACCUGUCAAUAAAUCACAAACGAUUGUCAUUGAGAGGACUGGAGAGAUCUGGAAACAUGUGCAUUGCAACCUAGUGAAAUGUCAAGCAAUGAAACAGCAACAGGGAAAUGAAAAAGUGUUUGGUACAGAGGAAAGGCUCAUGGGUCCCCUUGGACACUGUACAAGAGAAAACAGGAAUGAGAGAAACCUCUGAGCCCUCAGAGCUGCUCCAAGGAGUUCACAAACCACUAAAACUGCUUUACUUUCUGCUCUUCUGCAUCCAAGAAAAGGUUCAGUCUGAUAGUGAGGAAGGCUGGGAAAACAUUAAGGACUCACUUUUCCCUCGGAGGAGUGGGAUGCUAUCCCUCUGUGGACUUCAGCUGGUCUUGACUUCUGUUCUUCAGCCAGUCCUCAGGCAAUCUAGGAGACAAAAGGAAGACACCUGAAACCUUUUCCUCUUGGUCCUUGUAGCCAUGUUCUGUCUCUUGAUGCUGAGUGGGAAUGACCCCGAUGUCAGUCCCACCCCUCCCACAGCUGCUUUCAGUGCAGAGUCACAGGCUGCAUGGGAACUUCAGAAAUACCUCACUGGGAACUGCUCCUCACCUUCCACCUGCCUCUGUCUGGGAAGCUCGGACACAAAGGACAAAACUUCCAUCAAACCCAGCUUCUGACCUGGCAAAUGCCAGCAGGACCCAGUUCAGUGAAGGGCUGGGCCAAGGCUUGUUUUAGAGAAUGCUUCUGGCCUCAGAGGUGAUGUAUUUUCAGCCCCAAACCAGCUGUAUUUAUUUGCUGUGCUUCAAAUUUUCAAGAACUUGGUAUAUUUUUAUAUAGAAGAACUUUGUGUGAAAAUAACUCAUGGACUAAAUUUCCUUAUCAGAACAACCUGCCAUUUACAGUUUCCACUCCACUCCUUGAAGGACCACAGAAAUUCUUUCAAACUGAUUUGGUGUUCAUGAUUCAGUAGUUGUCUGAGCAACACAGCACAGAGACUCAGAGGGAAAGUUUGCAAUGCUUCAAUCCAAAGGUGCUUUUUUAUUGUGGGGUUCUUGCUUUGCUUUCCUGCUGCAGCCAUGUAUUUCUGUUCCCAGAUCUAUAGACCCCUAGGCAAUGUUUAAUGGGGAAAGAAUGCUGGAGGCUACCUGUAACCAUGAAAUAAACCCAAGUCUAACUCUCUGGA